UAAAACUAAACGCAAACGUGAUAGUUGAAAACGCAAACGUGAAAGUUGUAAACGCAAACGUGAUCCUAAACGCAAUGUCGAAGUGAAAGUCGUGAUGGCUCCGUCGUAUCUGAAAUCGUGGUAAUUGGUGAUGGAGAAAGACGAUAACAGUGACAAGGUUUGUCUUUCAGUGAAGGAGAAAUAUACGUCAGAGCAGCCUGAGGAAAUGGUGACAAAUCUGAAGGCAUCUGUAAGAGAAUUGAGUGUGAAAGUGAAAGAACAGAGAAAAUGUGAUGCUAAGGAUAAGUUGCAGCAGUUGCGAGAAAGAAUAAGCAAGGAAGUUGUUGAUGUUUCAGUCCAGGAGUUGAUACCGCUUCUUAGAUCACUCAAGGAAUUUGUGAAGGAGGAAUCUGAAGUCAGGUCUCGUUGUAAUGUUAAACGUUCUGCUUUAGAAGAUGCAGUUCAUGAUUUGGAGGAGAGAGCUGGUAAGGGGCUUGAUGGUGAGAUUCAAGAGGAAGAUUUAGAUGGUUUGUUGGUUGUAUCUUUAGAUAAUCUCACUUCAGCAAAGAAGGAGCUUGGAGCAACGCUAAGAGAGAUAGUCUCUCUGAAGCGACAGAUUGACGAUGUGCCAUGCCAAUCUGAACUCCUCCAAUAUGAAAGAAGAUUCUCAGAGCUGAAUGUCUGUAUUCAGGAGAAACUUCAACAAACUAGGAAGCUCUAUGCAACAUACAAUGCUCUUUUAGAAAUCAAAGAUUUGAUGCUUAAGGAGACAUCAUUAUUGAAUUCCAUAGGUUCACAGUUUCAAGACGUGAUUGGUACUCCUGCUGGCCGUGUGAAGCUUAUUGAUUCAAUGGAAGGAGUCAUGAAAGGAAUCCAACAGAAGAUUGGAAAAAUACAACUUGGGCUUCAAGAAGAGCAGAGGCUCCGUGAUGCUUCAAAAGAAAAGUAUAUAGCUGCAGCUGCAGAGCAAAGAAAAUGCUACACUGUACUAAGAGCAUACCAGGAGGAAUGUACUAAGAAUGAGAGGCUGAGAAGUCAUAUAUCUGCCAUGAACGAACACCUCUGACUCGAAGAAGGGUUUGAAUAAGGUGAUAUGAAGUGACUCUCCUUUCGAGUUACAGCUAACCAGAGUAGAGCCAGAGUUGAUUUAGAUAUGAUUCUCUUGUGAUGUGAUGUAUCCAUAUGCUCAGCCUUACAUGGAAAUAUACGAAAAUCGAUAGGCCUAGAAAUAGUAGGUUUGGUUGACCAAUAUGUUUAUAUAUGAGCUAUGAGAAAAUAUUAUUCUCU